AUGGUGGUGAAUUUUCCUCCGAUCUACAAAGUCUGCGACUGCCCGUGGUCGUGUAGACCUGGAGCAGAUUUUGGCCAAGCUGACCACGCGAUUUCAGGAAACCGCAAUGGCUUAACCAGCAAAUCUCCGAAAUACGGACAUUAUGCUGGAGCCCAAACAAGCACUGAGCACGGGCCAUUCAAGAAUCAAGCAAGUAUCGAACUAUGCUUAAGAAGGAAAGGCCUUGAGGAAUCCGUAGCGUUAGUUGUGUUCGUCACCGCCUUUAUGAACGUCUACGCAGAGCACAAAGCUGCGUCAUUUGCCCUUACCGCAGGAACGGUGGCUUUAUGA